AUGUCGGUUUGGUAUCGCGGUAUCUGUGUCGGUUAUCCCCGAUGUCGGUUUGGUGUCGGCCCGGUAUCUGUAUCGAUUAUCCCCAUGUCGGUUUGUGGUGCUCCUUCGAUUAUCUGUAUCGGUAUCCGUAUCGGUUUGGUGUCGCCCCGAUAUCUGUAUGUUGAUUAUCGGUUUUGGUAUCGCCCGAUAUCUGUGUCGGUAUCCCAUUAUCGGUUUGGGUGUCGCCCCGGUGUAUCUGUCAUCGGUGUCGCCCGGUAUCGGUUUGGUAUCCGCCCGGUAUCUGUAUCGGUAUCCCGGUAUCUGUAUCGCUUCGGUAUCGGUUUGGGUAUCCGGUAUCUGUAUCGGUAUCCUUCGUAUCGGUUUUGUAUCGCCCCCGUAUCUGUAUCGGUAUCGCCGGUAUCGGUUUGGGUAUCCCUUCGUAUCUGUAUCGGUAUCCCCCGUAUCGAUAUCAAUUAUCCUUCCCGGUAUCGGUUUGGGUAUCGCCCCGGUGGCUGUAUCAUGGUAUCGAUAUAUCCCCGGUAUCUGGCCAUCGGUCAUCCCAGUACCGGUUUGGUAUCCUUCGACCAUCCCCAGUAUCUGUAUCGGUAUCCCCGUAUCGGUUUGAUCCGCGCGGUAUCUGUAUCCUUCGGUAUCGAGUAUCCAGUAUCGAUAUCUGUAUCGCCUCCCCGGUAUCGGUAUAUCCCCCCCGUAUCUGUAUCGCCUCCCCGGUAUCGGUAUAUCCCCCCGGUAUCGGUAUCGCCCGGUAUUGAUAUUUACCUGCGGGAAGCUCUGGCUCCGCUCUCACUGACACAUCAACAAAGAUGGCGGCCGUGCCGUCAGCUCUAG